AUGAAAAAUAAUAAUAUUAAUUUGUACGACUUUAUAUAAUUUGAAAAUCAAGAAAAAAAGCCUAUUUCUUUAGAUUCUUUUUAUUUACUUACAAUAAUAGGAAAAGGUUCUUAUGCUAAAGUUUCUUUGGUAAGGAAAAAAGAUGAUAAUUAGGUCUAUGCAUUAAAAGCUAUAAAAAAAUAAUUAAUAAAAGAAAAAAAUCAAAGAGAGCAUGUUAUUGGCGAAAGAAACAUUUUAUAAUAAGUGGAUAACUAAUAUAUUGUAAAAAUGAAAUAUGCUUUUUAAGAUAAUAAAUAUAUUUAUUUUGUUUUGGAAUUCUGUCCUGGAGGAGAAUUAUAUUAGUUAUUAUAUGCAAAAAGAUAGCUUACAGAAUAAUAAACUAAAUUCUAUGCUGCUUAAAUGGUUAAAGCUUUCGAAUAUUUGCAUAGCAAGAACAUCAUUUAUAGAGAUUUAAAACCCGAAAAUGUACUAAUAACUAAAGAAGGAUAUAUAAAAUUAACUGAUUUUGGACUUUCAAAAAUGAAUAUUAUAGGUCAAGAAGCAAAAUCCUUAUGUGGAACUCCCGAAUAUUUAGCUCCUGAGAUUUUAUUAUAAAAAGGACAUGGUAAGCCUGUCGAUUGGUGGACUUUAGGAAAUAUAAUAUACGAGAUGGUUACAGGAUAACCUGCUUUUUAUAAUGAAAGUAGAAAAACAUUAUUUUAGAAUAUUGAAAAAAAUAACCCUACCCCACAUCCUAAGAUAUAAGGGAAAUUAAAAAGUAUUAUUAAUGGUUUGUUGGAAAAAGAUCCGAAUAAAAGAUUAGGAAGUUUAGAUGGGGCAAAAGAAAUAAUAGAACAUCCCUGGUUUUCGGAUUUGAAAUGGGAUUUAUUGUAAAAAUAAUAGAUUGUACCUCCUUUUGUACCUAAAUUAGAUAAUGAAAUAGAUGUUAGAUAUAUUGAUCCUGAAUUUAAAGAAAUGUCUUUAUAUUCACCAGUGGAUGAUAAAAUUUAUUCUUUAGAAAAAUAUUUAUAUUCUGAUGAAGAACCAAAGAUUGAAGAACCCCUUCCUCUUCAUUAAGUAAGAUUUAACGAUAUGGCCUAGCCUUUAUUUAAGAAAGUAGUUAGAUAAGCAGAAGUUGUUAUAAGAGAAAAUUCCUAAGCUUUAGAAAAAGAUAUGGCUUUAUUAUUAGUAAAAUAUGUAAAAUCAUAGCCUGAAUUUAAAAUUGGAGAUGGUGAAUGGUAAUGUAUUAUUAGGAAAAAAUUUUGGAUGCUCAUUAACUUUUGA